UUUUCUUUUUUCGUUUGCCUUUUUUUUUUCCCUUUUUUUAAUUUAUGUUUCCGAUGAUCAUUUUCUAUUGGUUGGAAGAUUAUUUAGCAAUGGAGUUAUUAGUUUCAGUAAGCGAGUGGAAGUGAGAUCGAAAUGUUGUGCAGAAGAAUCUCCAGCAAUGGCGAUUCUGGAUCGGCUCCAGUGUACCUCAAUGUGUACGAUCUGACUCCCAUUAAUGGCUACGCAUAUUGGUUCGGCCUCGGAGUUUAUCAUUCUGGUCUUCAAGUUCAUGGAAUUGAAUUUGCAUUUGGGGCUCAUGAAUAUCCAAGUACAGGGAUAUUUGAAGGAGAACCAAAGCAAUGUGAUGGAUUCAAGUUCAGAAAAUCAAUUUUGAUUGGGAAAACAGAUUUGAGUGAAGCAGAAGUGAGGUCGUUAAUGGAGGAACUUGGUAAAGAUUACAGAGGAAAUGCUUAUAACUUAAUCACUAAAAAUUGCAACCAUUUUUGCAACCAUGUUUGCAUCAAACUCACUGGAAAUCCCAUCCCAAGUUGGGUCAAUCGCCUUGCUAGAAUUGGAUGGAUUUGCAACUGUGUGUUACCAGCAACCUUAAACUCCACAAAAUUCGGUCAAAACAGAGUGCAAAAGAAAACAAGUGAAGAAAAACAAGAAAAAGAAGAAGAGAAGAAAAAUGAAGUAAUGCCAAGAAUCCAAACACCUGAAAUUUCAGCUUCUAAUUCUUCUUCUUCUUCUUCAUCUUCUCCAAUUACUCUCCGUCGAGGCAGAAGCCGAACAAGACGUCCUCGUCUUCCAACUUCACCAUUGAUUCCCAUUCCAACUUCUUAGAACACUAUUAUUAGUUUGAUUAAAUUGUAAAUUUGAUCCCUAUAAUUUGAAGAAAGUUAGAAUUUAGUUUUUAUGAUUUGAUCCUCAUAAAUAGUUCCUAUCAAUGAGGAUUUCCGUUGAGAUUAAAUUCUAAUUUUCUCGAAUCAUAAGGACUAAAUUUACAAUUUAACUAAUUAGUUAUUAAUUACCCUUCUUUGUCUCUCUUUCUUUCUUUAUUUUUUUUUAAAAGGUAUUUUUGGGGAUAUAUCAGUGAUUAUGUAAAUUAUUUAUUAUUAGGUAAAGUGGGUUGUUUGUCUCUGCAAUGUUUUUUUCUUUCUUUUUUUUAAUCCCACCAUUAAAUGUCUCCAUUUUCUUGGAUUUGGUUGAUCUGCCAUUAAAGCGGUUCUAGGCUGGGACCUGGGUUUUUAAUUCCCAGGUGAGAUGUGGAUUUGAAUCCAAAUUUGGAUGAAAUUUCUGAAUGGAGUAAAUUCAUUUUCUUAGUGUGACAAA